AUGGGUGUCAUCACUUACUCUCAAGAGUUCACAUCUGUUGUUGCUCCAUCGAGAAUGUUCAAGGCUUUGGUCCUUGACUCACACAACAUCAUUCCAAAGAUUGUCCCUGGGGGCAUCAAGAGCGUUGAAUUUCACUCUCAGAAUUCAUUGAGGGAAAUGGUGGAGUUGGCAGCAUUAAGUAGACCAACUUUGGCGAAAGUGCACAAGAUUGACGCUCUUGAUGUUGAGAACUUUUAUUGCAAAUAUACUUUGAUUGAAAGCGAUAUCAAGUUCGACAAAAUCAAGUUCAUUGUCUAUGAGGUGAAGUUUGCAUCAGCUAAUGAUGGAUGUGUCUGCAAGAUGACAAGUGAAUAUCAUGUUGAGGAAGGUGCGGAGCUCAAGGAAGACGACAUCAAGCGGGAAAAGAUAGGGCUAUGGGAUUGUUCAAGACAGUUGAAGAGUACCUCUUGGCAAACCCCACCGUUUGUGCUUAAAUUUUCUUUUCAAAAUUCUGUGGAGUGA